AUCUAAUGCUCGAUCGGAAAUGCUUUUUAUUAUAUAUAUUCACUGGCUAAUGAUGGAGAGGGCCGGGAAUUGAAGAUAGAUUUCGAUAAGAGGCAGCCGCAGAGGGAGUCGCUUUCUGGGGUUAUCCGUUAUCCUGUACUUACUGCAGCUAGCGCAGGGGCCCUACUAUACCACCUCCGCUCGAUGCCUGCCUUAAUUGUUGCAUGUGGACUGCGGUAUCUUCAGAUCGCCCCCUUCUUAAUUUGGACUCUUUUUCAUUCCCAAUACUGAUCUAGGAGAUCGUACGGUUGGCCUGGGAAUUGAGUUGGGGAUCGGAGAUUUCGUUGUGGUGGUAGUAGUGUAGGCGGAGCUGGCGAAUCGGUGGUGGGCAGGAGCGGUGGCGAUGGGAGGGGUCGACCCCAGGGUCAACUCGGCUACCUCGGCCCCUCCCAUCCAUCUUCGCCACCUCAACAGCGAAGAGGGGCACCGCCAGUUCAUCGGCCGAGGAGAUCACCAGGAUCCCAACGCCGCCGCGGUCGCCGCCGCCACGAAUAGCAGCGGAAGUAACAGUGGUAAUCACGGGCGGAACGAAGGCGACGAGCAGUCGGGCGGAGGGGGGAAUAAUACGGGAGGAUCCGGAGGCGGGAGGCGCCCCCGCGGACGGCCGCCGGGGUCCAAGAACAAGCCGAAGGCGCCGGUCAUCAUCACGCGGGAGAGCCCCAACGCGCUGCGCUCCCACGUGCUGGAGAUCGCGAGCGGGGCCGACGUGAUGGACGCCGUCGCGACCUUCGCCCGCCGGCGCCAGCGCGGCGUCUGCAUCCUCAGCGGCAGCGGGUCCGUCUCCAACGUCACGCUCCGCCAGCCCGGGGUGCCGCCGCCGCAGCCCGCGGCCGGGGUCGUCGCCCUGCACGGCCGGUUCGAGAUCCUCUCUCUAUCGGGGGCGUUCCUACCGGCGCCUUCGCCCCCGGGCGCCACGGGGCUGACCGUGUACCUGGCCGGCGGGCAGGGGCAGGUGGUGGGGGGAAACGUGGUCGGCGAAUUGGUGGCCUCGGGGCCGGUGAUGGUCAUCGCGGCCACCUUCUCGAACGCCACGUACGAGCGGCUACCGCUGGAGGAGGACGAGGACGCCGCCGCCGCGACGGUCGAAGCUCCACCAGCUCCGGGAGCAGAUCAAGGGAGUACCCCCCAUCCGUUACAUCAGAGUCCGGGAGGCGGCGGCGGCGGCGGGGGACGAUCGUCAUCUCAACCACCGUACGGUGGAUUGGACGCGGUGUCAAUGGCGCCGAUGCCGAUGCCGAUGCCGAUGUACAACCUGCCGCCCAAUCUUAUGACCAACGGCGGGCAGAUGGCACAGGAAGUCUUCGGCGCUUGGGCUUCGGCAGCCGCCGCCGGUUCUCAUCCACGCCCGCCACCGUCCUACUAAUAACCGAGUACUUAAUUUCUCCCUUAUAUAAAUAAUUAAUUAGACACUGCUAAAUAGAAGUUAAUCAACCCCUCUCUCUCUCUCUAUAUAUAUCUCGUUUCUUAAUUAUCGCUGUUUGCUGGUUAAUUACCUUCGUCGUCGUUCUUCAUACAUAUGAAUGCCAUUGUAUGCCCUCUCUUGCAAACAUAUGUAUUUAGUAGUGGCAAUCAUUUUGGUCACAAGCUAAUUAAGUAGUUUCAAGGUUUUAGUAUAA